ACAGCUAAUCCUUGAUCUCCCUAAACCACUCACAACUCCCUUUUUUGUUGCAGUAGAGCUGAUUUUUCAUAAAAUUGUUAGUGAAAAAGCGCUAAAGUAAUUCAAUUCGCUUGAAGUUUAAUUCAAUUAAACAUGUCAGCCAUUGACUUGCUAAAGGAGCUUAUCAGAGCUACGGAAAAGGCAGCGAAUAUUGCUCGAAUUUGUCGAAAAGACGAACAUCUUUUUAGUUUACUGGUGCAAGAAAAAUCUAAAGAAGAAUCCAAUUCAAGAUUUGAACACGAUUUUAAAACAUUAGCGGACUGUUUAAUCCAAGAAGCAGUUAAGCAUGAUAUCGGAAAAAAGUUUCCAGGAUUACGUGAAAAUAUUCGCGGUGAAGAAAAUCCCAACUUCACUAAUUCCAAUGGAGAAUCGAUCGUUGUGACUGUGAGCGAAGACAAAAAUGAAACCAUUGAUAAUAUUCAAAAGAUACUGAAUGGGGAUAGAGACGCAGCCGUUCAACUUGUCGAAGAGGUCUUCAGAGAAAUUGAAAUUGAUUUAGAAAAAUGGCAAAUCCCAGAAGAAUCUAUUUCCUUAGACAACGAUAUAAAUGAGUUGGGCAUUUGGAUUGACCCAAUAGAUGCUACAGCAGAGUAUAUACGUGCCCAAGAUAAAACAACAAAAUAUCCUAAUAUAAAGGCAUCAGGGCUUGAAUGUGUGACUGUUUUAAUAGGUGUUUACGAGACAUUACGUGGAGAUCCCAUUAUUGGAGUUGUAAAUCAGCCUUUUGCUAGCAAAAAUGAGGCAGACUCUUAUGAAAGUCGAAUAUUUUGGGGAUUGACCAUUGGUGAUUUGAAAUAUAAUAAUGUAAUGGCUGUCGAAAAUGAGGACAGAAUUGCAAUUCUAUCACCUUCAGAGCAGUCUAAAUAUGUAGAAUUUCUAAAGAAUCAACUCAAGUACGACAUUGUUUAUUCGUCGGGUGCAGGUCAUAAAAUAUUGAAGGUUGUUACUGGGGAAGCUGAAUUAUUUUUGCUUAGCAAAGGUACAACCUACAAAUGGGACACCUGUGCACCUCAAGCAAUUUUAAGAUCAUUGGAUGGGGAGUUAUUUAAUUUACAAGACACCCUCAUCAACAAAUCGCUGAAGAAAAUAUCCUAUCACGAUAAAAAAAUUAUUCGCAACACUGGAGGGUUAAUUGCAUACCGAAACAUCGAAAAAUUUAAAGAUUUUUUGAAGUUGACCGAAAGAUCUACAAUGCCUCCCGUCGCCAAAUCCUCCCGUAUAAAGGAUAAAUCUUCCCGAACGAAGGAUAAGCCAUCGGCCAAACCAUUGAUUUUAUCAAAGAAGCGCUCGUCAAAACAGCAUGUAGGAGAACGUAAUGAAAAAGGUAUAAUCUACGUAAAACAUCUUCCCAAUGGAUUUUUUGAAAACCAACUACGAACGUUCUUCUCUCAAUUUGGUGAUGUGACCCGAGUUCAUGUGGCUCGUUCGAAGAAAACUUUACGAAGUCGUGGCUAUGCCUAUGUUGAAUUUCGCUAUCGCGAGGUAGCUCAAAUCGCUGCGGAGACUAUGGAUAACUAUCUGAUGUUCGGAAAGAUACUUAAAACUGGAAUACUACCAGCAGGUGCAAAACGUAUUCCUCGGAAGUACGAAAAAGCUUUUGAUUCAAAUGGAAAGGAGACUACUACGUAUAAACUGUGGCUAAAACGAAUGAUUUAUAAAAGUAAUGGACCAGUUACCAAAACAAGAAUAGUGAAUCGCAACAAUCGAUCGCUAGCUAAAUUAAAAAAACUGAAACAGAAAUAUGCUGAUUUAGGAGUGGAGUAUGAUGUCACUGAAAUUAUUCCUGAUUUUGAUGAGGGCGAUAUCGUCAAGCCUGUUCGGGAUAUUGAGGAGGAAAUGGCACAAGCUAACAAGAAAAAGAAGAAACCCACCAAGCAAAACAAAGCACAAAAUCUAGAUGUGUUUCACCAAAACGUAAAGUCUGAUGAAGUUAGCGAAGACUCUUCCGAUAAUGAUGAAGACGCAAGCUUUUUACCACUGGAAUCCAAAGAUUGGGACGCCGCCGAAUCUGAUUCUGACGGCAUAUCAGAUCAAGCCAGUCAGCCGGCUAUCAAAAAGCAAACAAAAGAAGCAGCUCUGCAGUUGGCUAGAAAGUCAAGCUUACGAUUUGACAAGAUGAAAGACCAGAACAAGGUAAAAAAUACUCAGACACCGCUUGUAUUAGCUCCUAAAAGUCAUUCAGAUGAUAGUUCCCCUGAAAAAGGAAUAGGCAAACCGAAGCAAAAACUUGCACAGAAAGGGAAAAAAAUGACAGGUCGAAUAGUAAAAAUGUCUAAGAAAAACAACCAGAAUAUUACACGAGAAGCUAGCAGUCCCUUGAAAGCAACAGUGAAAGAAAUAUUGAAAGAUUCAAAUGUGAAAAAAAUGAAAGUUAAAGAUAUUAUCAAUAAGAAGAAGAAUUUUCGCCUCUUUGGAGAAGCGGACAAGUAUACUCAAUAAUGCAUGAGAUUAUCUAGAGUGAACAAACAGAUAACGAAGACAGACGCUAAUCAAAAAUCUACAAGCAUACGCAUACAUAAUACGGACACCUCAAA